ACUUGUAAACAGUUGCCCCAGGGAUCAGAUGAAAGUUCAGACUUCCAUUCAGUAGUCUGUGGGACAGUCUGUGUUUCUGAUUGGCCCUCAAGUCUUUCCAUCACUGAACAGCAAAGGUCUGAGAAGGAUUCUCAAAGUCUAGCAUAAAUAAGAAGCACUCUGAGCUUAUUAAGACAGCUCCUCCCCCCGAGAGGGGAUGGACCCAGAAGCUUGGUGUCCAGCUAGAUGCUAAUGAUACUGUUGCACCACGUCACCUGGAGGGACAUUGGUUCCUGGCUUUGUCUGAUUCACACUCCCGAGGACUCCAGGAAAGACACAUGCACUUCAGAAACAUGACAUGCUUGGUAUAAAAGGGAGCAGACAUCAGAUACAGCGGGAUCCGGCUAUAUCGCAGCUUUCAGUAACAUCCAAUUCCAUUGGUGCGGAACGUUGGAUCUAAUGAAGUCUGAGAUUUUGCUAACUGAACAUGACAAGAUCAUAAAAAGAGACCAAAGCAUUUGAGAACAAAGUAAAUAUAGAGGCCAUUUUCCCUGACCUGUAGAAGAAUUCACAAUGGAGACUUCAGCCACUACAGAGCCCUACUACAACACAGACACCAAGAAUGACUUGUUUCCUGGAAUCUUAUGUGGGAGCAUGGAUGUGCGGGAAUUUGGAAUUACAGUGCUGACGCCCCUGUACUCCCUGGUGUUCAUCAUUGGUGUGAUAGGCAAUGUCCUAGUGGUUCUGGUGCUGAUACAGCACAGGAGGCUUCGAAGUAUGACCAGCAUCUACUUAUUCAACCUGGCUAUCUCUGAUCUAGUCUUCCUCUUCGCGUUACCUUUCUGGAUUGACAAUAUAAUAAAAGGAGACUGGAUUUUUGGUGAUGCCAUGUGCAAGUUCCUCUCUGCAUUUUAUUACCUGGGCUUGUACAGUGACAUGUUUUUCAUCACCCUGCUUACAAUUGAUAGAUAUCUAGCCGUCGUCCAUGCUGUGUUUGCCCUGCGGGCCCGAACUGUCACUUUUGGCAUCAUUACCAGCAUUAUCACCUGGGUCCUGGCCAUCUUGGCUUCCAUUCCUUGUCUGUGUUUUUUCAAGGUCAAGUUGGAGUUAACUUACAAUACCUGCAGAGCAGAUUUGCCCAAGGAAAGCCUGAAAUAUUUUUUGAGGUUUCAGGCUGUAACAAUGAACCUCCUUGGACUAAUUUUACCUCUCUUGGCCAUGAUUAUCUGCUACACAAAGAUUAUCAAUGUUCUACAUAGAAGACCCAAUAAGAAGAAGGCCAAAGCUAUGCGUCUGAUUUUUGUUAUCACGCUUCUCUUCUUCCUCCUCUGGACCCCCUACUAUCUGGCUGCAUUUGCUUCUGCAUUUGAAGACUUCCUAUUCACUAGUGGGUGUGAGAGAAGCCAACAGUUGGACCUAGCCUUGAUGGUAACUGAGGCAAUUGCCUACACCCACUGCUGCGUCAACCCAUUCAUUUAUGUCUUUGUGGGUGAGCGGUUCCGGAAGUACCUCCGGCAGCUGUUUCAGAGGCGUACGGCUAUUUCCCUGGCAAAUUGGCUGUCCUUCCUCUCUGUGGACCAAACACAGAGGACCAAUUCCAUGUCUCCAUCCACAGCAGAGAAUGAGCUCUCUGCUGGUAUCUAAUUCAGAUCCCUGGAUGCCAACAAAGAUCCAGGAGAGAGUGAAAAAAUAGUGACUCUCCAAAAUAGAUACUGACUGAAGACUCAUUGUCUUGUAGAUCAGCGGAACCUUGCAGGUAGCUUAGAUAUAAGUCAACUCUUUGAUGUUUCUUUAAUGAUUGCAAUUAUCUUCUUCCUGUCAGAAAGGAGAUGUAUGAACAAAUUGUGACAUUCCAAAGACCAGGUCAAUAGGUUUCAGGGAAGGGCUUAGAUACAAUAAGAGGUAGCAUUUGUGGUCAUUAGGGCUGUCAAAUAAAGUGAACCCUACAAUGAUUGUGGAACCAGUUAAGUCUACGAUUGUUUGAACUCUGAACCUGGAAGUCAAUGGCAGACAGAUCACAGAUGCCUUCUCUGCUGCACCCCCACUGCAGGGCCUGAACUCUUGAAAACCCUUAAAUUUAAGAUCUAUAUUAAGGCACUGCUGUAUCAUUUGGGUAGUAAAGUCACUAGAGAGAGAUUUAUACUUGUUAAAACCAAAGACUAUGGCAAGUCAAUAAGAAAGGACAUUGACCUUGCCUGUUUAUAUUCUUCUCCCUAAGGGAAGUGGCCUCUUAGUAUAUAAUAUAACGUAAUAUAAUUAAUAUAAUAUAUGUAGUGUAUGUUAACUUCAGAGAUGUUAGCCUAAUCCUGCUGGUUCUACAUAU